GAUACGUUUCCCGGGGACACCAGGAAGCGAUGGGGGAGCCUUUGGGGCUUUUCUUCUCGCCUCCUUCCUUCCCGUAGGUGACCCAGGAAGUCAGGCGCGCUCGGCUACCGGGGCUGCAGGCUGCCCCAGGAGGCGGAGAAGGGCGAGGAGGGAGGCUGAGCAGCGGCUGGGAAGGCAGAGCCAGGAGUGCGGGCUUACACACCCAGCAGAGAAGCCAUGACAACAUUGAUCCAUCGAGGGAAACGUGUGGAAGUCGGGAAGCAUGCAGACAAGCGGCUGGAGGCCGAAGAACAUGCUGUGGUCAACCAGACUUUGGGGGAAGAGGAUCCCGGAGACUCCAAGGACAUCCGUCUUACUCUCAUGGAAGAGAUCUUGCUUUUGGGUCUGAAGGACAAAGAGGGCUACACAUCCUUCUGGAAUGACUGCAUUUCUUCGGGGCUGCGAGGGGGCAUCCUAAUUGAGCUGGCCAUGCGAGGGAGGGUACAGCUGGAGCCCCAGUCCAUGAGGAAAAAACGCCUGCUGGAUCGAAAGGUCCUCAUCAAGUCAGAUGCCCCAACUGGAGAUGUGCUGCUUGAUGAGACCCUCCGCCAUCUCAAGGCCACCGAGUCACCCGAGACGGUGCAAACCUGGAUUGAGUUGCUCACAGGUGAAACCUGGAAUCCCUUCAAGCUGCAGUACCAGCUCCGUAACGUCCGCGAGCGGAUUGCCAAGAACCUGGUGGAGAAGGGCAUCCUGACCACCGAGAAGCAGAACUUCCUCCUCUUCGACAUGACCACCCACCCUGUCACCAACACCACGGAGAAGCAGCGGCUGGUGAAACGGCUUCAGGAGAGCCUCCUCGACAGGUGGGUCAACGACCCCCACCGCAUGGACAGGAGGACUUUGGCGCUGCUGGUCCUGGCCCACGCCUCGGACGUCCUGGAGAACGUCUUUGCCAGCCUGGUGGAUGAGAAGUACGAUGUGGCGAUGAAUAGGUCCAAGGAUCUGAUGGAUAGGGACCCCGAGGGGGAGGCCGCCAAGGCAGCGGGCACCGAGAUGAUCUGGGCCGUGUUGGCGGCCUUCAAUAAAUCCUAAACCCUCCUGGCGCAUGAAGUGGUUCCAAGCGGCUUCGCCCCUUUUCUCCUCCAGGAAGGAAGCCCGUGGCUUGGUGGUAUCUUCCCGCCUUCCUGAGCUUUUGGUGACUGCGGCUUGCCAGGCCCACCGUCGGCCUAUGAAGCUGGGCCUGGAGACCUCAGUUCUGUUACAGCCCUACCUUCACACACACACACACACACACACACCACUGUCACACUUUCUUCUAGGGAUCUGGGAAUCAGCCAAGAAGUUCGCGCAUUGCUCUGGAUCCCUGGUUGAUUUUUUUCCGAGACCCCCAAGUUAAAACGAAGGAGGGGCUGUGUCUGGGACAAAAGGACAGUUCUUUCUCUCUGGCCUCCCCUCCCCUUUGCUCUCACUUCAAAUCCUCCUCUUUUCCGCCCUAUGGAGGAGGGGGAUUCAUUUCCGUGGGUGUGUUUGUUCCCUCUUAUAAACCUCACGAUCCCAACCUCAUUUUUUUGUCCCGCCAGGUUUUUCUUUUUUGCCCAUUCAAGUUCCUUUGCUUUUUUUUUUUCCUUUCUUCCUUCUCGUGCUGUUCUUCUGUUUGCUGAAUUACAGCACACGUCUCUAUGCAAUCUCGCCCGUGUUUGGUUUCUGCUUUUUGAACGUAAAGGUUGUGUGGAGAAUCUUGGCAAUUUAAGAGUGACGCCCCAGGUUGUUUCCUCCUGGUACAGCCGUUCAGAUGCACGCCAGUUAAAGUGCAUCGAAUUUAAGAGUUCAACCUUGUACUGACAACCACCGAAGCCAGAAUGCAUUAUUACAAACUGGUUAUAGGUUUUUCCUGAAAGGGGCUGGGAUAAAACCAUUCUAUUUUAUUCAUCUUAUCUUGUGAGACUUUUAAGAGGUCCGUUGGCCUCGAAGGGCGUGCUUUAGAGCCUGUUUUCAGAACCAUGAGAUCUAGAAACCUGAAGCUGAAUUCACACGGAAACCGAAUUCCAGACCUACUACGUAAAAUUGUACCUUAAUGCUUGUGGUUCUGCUCACAACUCGAUGUACUUUAGUUUAGUGCCUUACCAUGCGUUCCCAGAGGUGUGUUGAGGCUGCCUGAGCCACGAGUUAGAACUGACCCUUUGAAGCUGCUACAACACAGAGUUGAGGCCUCGACUCAUCCAGGUCUGUUUCAGGGUCUUGAAGAACCAUGGUUUCUGUGGGUUUGUAGUCUCUAGAGGCCGUUGCCUUGUUAUUAAACUCUUUCCUUUCCUUUGAAAGUUG